UGUUCCUGCCGGUGUUGUAAGUCAGCAAAGAUGGCGGCGACGUUGCUGAGGUCGCUUAGUAAACUCGGACGUCCUUCAGCGGCGUUAUUAAACCAAAAUGUUGUGAGCCCGGGAUGUAUGGUCCUGCAGAACAGGCAAAAGCAAUGGCAGCCAGAUGUGGAGUACACGAUGGAGUCUUAUGGGGGGGCCGUGAUGUACCCCAGCGCCAUCUCCGCCAAGUGGGUGCCCCCUCCAUGGAACGAUAAGGACCCCCCUGCUGAGAAGGACGUGUCCAACCUGACCAUCAACUUCGGCCCUCAGCACCCGGCGGCCCACGGAGUGCUGCGAUUGGUCCUGGAGCUCAGCGGCGAGUCGGUCAAGAAGUGCGACCCGCACGUAGGCCUGCUGCACAGGGGAACGGAGAAACUCAUUGAGUACAAGACCUACCUACAGGCACUGCCGUAUUUUGAUCGUCUGGACUACGUGUCCAUGAUGUGCAAUGAGCAGGCCUAUUCUCUAGCAGUGGAGAAGCUGCUGAACAUCCAGGCCCCGCCCCGCGCACAGAUGAUCCGAGUGCUAUUUGGAGAGCUGACGCGUAUCCUGAACCACAUCAUGGGCAUCACCACCCACGCGCUGGACAUCGGAGCCAUGACACCUUUCUUCUGGAUGUUCGAGGAGAGAGAGAAGAUGUUUGAGUUCUAUGAGCGUGUGUCUGGCGCCCGUAUGCACGCUGCCUACGUCAGGCCAGGAGGAGUACACCAGGACAUGCCUCUGGGGCUGAUGGAUGACCUGUACGAGUGGUGUAAGAACUUCUCCCUACGCGUCGAUGAGGUGGAGGAGAUGUUGACCAAUAACCGCAUCUGGAAGAACAGAACCGUCGACAUCGGGGUGGUCAAGGCAGAAGACGCACUCAACUAUGGAUUCAGUGGUGUGAUGCUGAGGGGUUCGGGUAUCAAGUGGGACUUGAGGAAGUCUCAGCCCUACGACGGCUAUGAAAAUUUUGAGUUCGACAUCCCCAUUGGCAGCAAGGGAGACUGCUACGACAGGUACCUGUGUCGUGUUGAGGAGAUGCGCCAGUCUCUGCGUAUUAUGCUGCAGGCCAUGAACAAGAUGCCAGAGGGGGAGAUCAAAGUGGACGAUGCUAAAGUAGCCCCGCCCAAGAGAGCAGAGAUGAAGAUGUCUAUGGAGUCCCUGAUCCACCACUUCAAGCUCUACACUGAGGGAUACCAGGUGCCACCUGGGUGCACAUACACAGCCGUGGAGGCACCCAAGGGUGAGUUUGGUGUGUACUUGGUGUCUGACGGCUCAAGCAGGCCUUACCGCUGCAAGAUCAAAGCUCCCGGCUUCACUCAUUUGGCGGGUCUGGACAUGAUGGCCCAGGGACACAUGCUGGCUGAUGUGGUGGCCAUCAUUGGCACUCAGGACAUUGUGUUCGGGGAAGUGGAUCGCUAAACUCCUCUCUUCACCUCUCACGCUGCCUACACUAGCUGGCAGUGUGUGUGUGUGUGUAUGUGUGUGUGAGUGUGUGUUUCCAUCCGUCAACAGCCAAACACAUACGUGCGUACACUCACACCUGAUCAAAAUACCCACCCCCACACACACUCUCACCUGUUGUAUAAACGCAAUAGAUAUUUUAAAGAGUGAAAGACGGUGGUCAUUGCAGUCGGUGUUUUUUUUUUGUGAAGUUUAUCUGCAAUCAUUCUCUGGAUUGUCUCUUAUGUCUCCAUGUAUAUAAAUAUUAAUAAAGCCGCUACAAAGCUGCUCUAA